AUGCCGCUGCGGUACUACUUGACCUUCAUCGAUGAGGUGCCGGAGGCUCCCAGCCGGCUUCGGCGGGCCGCGAGCUGUGAGCGGGCUCAUGUGGGCCAGGAGGAGCAUGAGCUGUGUGAGCAGGUCGCCAGAUUGGCCGAUCGCGCCGCACUCCUCACGCCCCUCACACGCCUCGCACUCCCGCGCCCGGCGGCUGCGGCUCCGGCGCAAGCGCUGAGCCGAGGGCAUCCGGAGCUUUGCCGCCGGCCCUGCGUGCACUUCGCGCGCCAGGGCUGCCCACAGGGAGCAGACUGCGUGUACUGCCACCUGCCCCACCCCGAGCGCGCCGUGAGCUUGGACAAGCGCUCGCGGGAGCUGGUGGCCGCCUUGGCACCACGCAGCCUGCUGGCGCUGCUGCUGCCGCUCCUCCGCGCUCGGGUCGACGCCAUGGCCGACGGGGGCAGCGCCGCGCUGAGGGCAAGGGCUUUCCUGCUGGCCUUGGAGCAGGAAGCCGUGCAGCUCGGGCCGCCGACACCUCCCGAGUGUCAGAAGAUUGUGAAGCGGCUGAAGCUGAUGACCUUUGCGAUGCUGAUGGGCUUGAUUGUCCGGUGCCCUGCUCCCUCGGUGGCUCUUGUGGCUGAAGAGGCGCUGGAGGAGAUGCGUCGGCUCUGA